GCCCCUCCCCGGCGCAGAAUAAAUCGCUGAUCUCAUGCCCUGCGCGGCCGGAGCCCUUUGGCUCAGCCCCGGGACUCGCUCCAGGCAGGAUCCGGACCCCCUCCAGCCAUGACAUCGUACCGGGAGGAGCUGGAGAAGUACCGGGACAUCGAUGAGGACAAAAUCCUGCAGGAAUUGUCCCCUGAGGAACUGGCCCAGCUGGACAUGGAGCUGAUGGAGAUGGACCCCGAGAACGUGAUGCUGCCGGCGGGGCUCCGGCAGCGGGACCAGACCCAGAAGAGCCCCACGGGCCCCCUGGAUCGGGAAGCGCUGCUGCAGCACCUGGAAAAGCAGGCGCUGGAAGCCGAGGAGCGCCAGGACCUGGUGCCCUUCACCGGCGAGAAGAAAGGGAAGCCGUUCGUGCCCAAGAACCCGACGCGGGAGAUCCCGCGGGAGGAGCAGAUCACGCUGGAGCCGGAGCUGGAGGAGGCCUUGGCCAACGCCACCGAGGCCGAGAUGUGCGACAUCGCCGCCAUCCUGGGCAUGUACACCCUGAUGAGCAACAAGCAGUACUACGAUGCCAUCUGCAGCGGGAACAUCUCCAACACCGAGGGCAUCAACAGUGUGGUCAAACCUGACUCGUACAAGCCGGUGCCGGACGAGCCCCCGAACCCCACAAACGUGGAGGAGACGCUGCAGCGGAUCCGGGACAACGACCCGGCCCUGGAGGACGUCAACCUCAACAACAUCAAGGACAUUCCCAUCCCCACGCUCAAGGCCAUCUGCGAGGCCAUGAAAACCAACACCCACGUCAAGAGGCUCAGCCUGGUGGCCACCAGGAGCAACGACCCCGUGGCCCACGCGGUGGCCGAGAUGCUGAUGGAGAACAAGACCCUGCAGAGCCUCAACCUCGAGUCCAACUUCAUCACGAGCGCGGGGAUGAGGAGCAUCAUCCAGGCCGUGCCCCACAGCCCCGCCCUGGCCGAGCUCCGUGUGGACAACCAGUGCCAGCGCCUGGGGGACACGGCGGAGAUGGAGAUGGCGGCGAUGCUGGAGCGCUGCCCCUCCGUGCUGCGCUUCGGGUACCACUUCACCCAGCAGGGCCCCCGCGCCCGCGCCGCCAGCGCCAUCACCAGGAACAACGAGCUCCGCCGGAAGCAGAAGAAAACCUAAACCAACCCUUCAGGAACGAGAGACCUCUGGGAAUGUUGGAAAUAAAGCUGGAAAGACACGGAUUUGAGACCCCCUUUGGGGCAGGAUUGUGCCACAUGGGA